CCCCCCCCACAAACCAUCCGCCUCCCCCAGCCCCCCACAACCACACCCACACAAAACAAAAGAAAAAAAUGGCCCUCGCCCCCCUCCCCACCACAAUCGGCAUCCACCCCCCCUUCAUCACCACCCGCCCCGAAACGCUCAUCCUGCGCGAAAAAAUCUUCUCCCUAACCGGCGACGAUUUCGAAAUCAAGCUCCUCAACGGGCAGCCCAUCCUGCGCGUCUCCGGCGCCGCGCUCUCCCUCACAGCGCGCAAGAAAGUGUACGACAUGGCCGGGAACUGGCUGUUCGACAUCGCAAAGGAGCUGCUGCACGUGCACAGCACGUAUAAAGUGGUUGGCAGCGAUGGACAGGGCGGCAAGGCGGAGAUUAUGAGCGUGCGGUCGAGUUUGAGGGUUGUGGGGAGUAAGGCGACGGCGCGGUUUGUGUCGGCGAAUGGGAGGGAGGAGAGGCUGUGUAUGAGGGGGGAGUGGAUGGGGGGGGAUGCUACGGUGGUGGAUGAGGUGCAUGGGGAUCGACCCGUGGCGCGGAUUGAGCGCGAUCUUAGUAUCAGGGAGUGGGCGUUCAAUCGUAGUACGUAUGGCGUGCAUGUUGCGCCGGGGGUGGACAUGGCGCUUAUCGCCGCGCUGUGCAUCUGUCUGGACGAGGAGAACAGCGAGUCGUCUGUCCUCGGUUCAAUUGGGGGCUGAAGGCAUGCUCAAUGUUCAAGGGGGGUAUCGGGGGCCGGUAUUCGGGGUAGUGGAAAGUCUACUCCAUGUAGCAAUGUGUGUUACUAAGGCUCGAUACCAAACUGCUCUCGUCUUUCUACUCUAGCUCCUAUCCCCGCCUUGACUCGAGCCUUAUCGACCAGGCAGGUUCCCGAAAAUUUGUCAGGCCCCGAAGUAAGGGUUGCUUUGCACCGACGGUCCUUUAUGUAGGAACUGGCCAGAAACCAACACUUUAUCAGGUUUGUACACGAAAAACAGGUUAGGGCCUGGGAUCUUCACUCUCCAGCGAUAAGCAUCACUACACCGAAUAAGUGCACGCCUUGUAUAUCCAGAUCUCAAUCUCAUCGUCCUUGGUAUUUCCUGACUGAUGGAAUGAAUUCCCUCCACAUCCCGCACGCGAAGAAAAGCUUUCCAGACAAUCACUAUUCGAUGAUACAUCUCGUGCGUAAAAGCU